GUUUCUCCCCCUGCAGUUUGUGACUCUCUCUGUGCAUGAUGCUAAGAAUAUGCGCCUCAAAGUAAAGCUGGCGAGUGGCAAAGCCUACUAUCUACAGCUCUGUGCCCCUGCGUCUAAACAGGAAAUUUUAUUUUGUCGGUGGGUAGACCUCAUUGCCAUCUUGAAUCAAGAUAAAAAUAAAGUUUGCAAACUCUCAGAACUUUCGAGCCUGUCUGAAAUCACAAAUAGCACAGAAGUCACAAGCUCAAUGGACAUCAAGGAUAUUGCCACAUUCACUGCUUUGCAGACUCCCUAUAUGUGUCCCUGCCCAGACCACCUACAAGCUGUGGAGAGCGUGGAUUCCUCAGAAUUCACAGAUGUCACUGAUGUCACCGAUGUUCCAGAAAAUGAGACGACAGAGAUCCAAGAUGUAAAACUUGUCACAGAAGUCACAGACAUCACAGACAUCCUUGAUAACACACUCA